UGACAAUCAGCCUCUCGAGGAUUGGACGGCAUCACCUCUGGGUCAUGAAGUAAGGGCAGACUUGGAAUGCUUUGCCGGGCCCCAGCAGAGCUCGGCAGAAUUUCUGUCAGCAGAGCAGGACUUGGCUAAAUUGGACCACUCUUCAUCUGCUCGGGUGGGAUCUGGCUCGGAAUUUGAGACUGACAAAGCCAGUUGUGUAUAUGCCCAUGGUGGGAACAGGAAUGAGAUUUCCCUCAAUCAAAACGAGCGAGAAGCAAGAAGAGAGGGACCUGGUCCAAGAUGCUGGUUCUGACUCUGAUUCCGAUGUCAAUGAAGCUGGUGGUGCAGCUAGCUAUGAGUCCUGGAUCCUGGACUUCCCACUAAACCAUUUCCUUUGCCAGUCAGUACACGAUGCUGGUGCGGAGAUUGCUUACAACUACUACUUCAAGCAUGUCUCCGGAAGUAUCCCGGGUCACGACAGGAAAGACAAUCCAUACCGGAAGUUAUGUUUGAUUGCCGUAUCAUAUCCAACUCUACUGCAUACCAUUAUUGCAGUCGCUACAGAUCACAUGUACAACUAUGGGAGAAGCAGUAUUGACCUCACAACAUCGAGACAUUCCCGGGCGCUGAAAUCUCUCCAAGAAUCGCAGAAAGUAUUAGCUCAAACAGAAGAGAAACCGAAAUCUAACGAUUCAGUCAUCGGAGACAGCGGAAACUACUCUUACGCGUACUCGGUGCUCUCCCCAAGGGACGUCGUACUGGCCGCCAUUCUGAUGCAGAUUGUUUCCAACGUCAUGACUGGAAGUGACAGCGCUGAAGCUCAUAUGAAAAUUGCUGCUCAUUUCCUUCGCGAAAUGGGACUGCUGUACCAGCCAGGUCAAUCAUUCUUUCCCCGGUUACUCGUUCAGAGGUUCGCCAUGGUCGACGUUGUCCUUUCAUUUCUACGGCACCGAGAUCCUUUGGCACCCCCAGAUUUUAUACUAUACCAACCGAACCAGCAUUUUGAUCUUAGCGAGCCCUCCUUUCGUGAAAUGACGGGGUGUUCUCAACAAAUACUCUGCUUUCUCGCCAGAAUAUCCUUUUGGAACGGAAGAGUCAUGAGCGGCAUGACCCCUGACAUAUUUGCUGAAGCAUACCUACUGGAGUCUGAAAUGCGAGUCUGGGGCGGCAAAUAUCACGAGAAUCUCCAGGGCAAGCAGGACUGUCUUCUCGCUAUUCCUCCUCCAGACUCACAGAACUCAGACCGGAACCUUGACGUCCUUAGCGAAUGCUUUUACUGGACGGGCCAUCUUUUACUAAUGAGAAGGGUGCUUCUGGAUCCCACCACAGCCCCAAGGGUGCAGAUGGUGCGAAAUCACCUCUUCCGGCUCAUCGAUUGCCUGCCAACCGGAUGCGGUCCAGACUCUUCAGUCCCUUUUCCAUUUUAUAUGGCUGCUCGGGAAGCUAUGUCUGCAGACCAACGGGCUUGGGUACGGAACAAGCAUGCUAGCAUGAGAAAGGUGUACCGUGACCGAGCGAGGGAUUUGAUGAUGGCAUCGAUCGAAGAGAUUUGGGCCAAAGUAGACUCCUCGACGUCAUCUCAUACCGAGGUUGACCAUAUCAGGAAUGAAGGGUGCAUCAAAGCAAUUGACAGGAGAUCGUCACACUUCAUGUUCUAAGGACGAUGAGAAAUAGAAAAUGGAUAGAAUUUUGUCUGUCACGACAGUAUGGCCGCGGGAAGGUUGCAGCAAAACG